CCCCUCCUCCUCACUCUCACUCUCACUCUCAGACUCAUUUUUCAUGUAAAAAUUAAAUUCAGAAACACUACACGAAUGGCGCUAAUGCUAUCAUUAUCAUCUUUUCCUUCACUUCUUCUUCAUCCUCAUUCAAAACGUCACCGUUUUGUGUCCUUCAAUUUCAAUUUCAAUUUCAAACCAAAACCAAAACCAAAACCAGCAGCAGCGGCAACCUCCGUCUACUCACCCAGAAUUGACAACCUCGUCGACUCCGUCAACAUUGCCGAUGACGUCACCCAGUUGAUUGGGAGAACACCAAUGGUGUACCUGAACAAAGUUACGCAAGGCUGUGUUGCUAAUAUUGCUGCAAAACUUGAAUCUAUGGAGCCUUGCCGAAGUGUCAAGGAUAGAAUUGGUUAUAGUAUGAUAUCUGAUGCAGAGGAAAGAGGGGAAAUUACUCCUGGGAAAAGUGUAUUAGUUGAACCAACUAGUGGAAAUACAGGACUUGGUAUUGCUUUUGUUGCAGCGACUGAGGGAUAUAAACUUAUAGUUACAAUGCCUGCAUCCAUAAAUCUCGAAAGAAGAGUUCUUCUACGUGCAUUUGGUGCAGAGAUUGUUUUGACUGAUUCAGAGAAAGGUCUGAAAGGGGCUGUUGAUAAAGCUGAAGAAAUUGCCCUCAGUAUGCCAAAUGCUUACAUGUUUCAGCAGUUUGAUAAUGUCGCUAAUACCAAGAUCCACUUCGAAACUACAGGGCCUGAAAUAUGGGAGGAUACCAUGGGUAUUGUUGACAUAUUUGUUGCUGGGAUUGGAACUGGUGGCACUGUUACAGGCACUGGGCGUUACCUGAAAAUGAUGAACAAAAAAGUACAGGUUGUUGGCGUUGAACCUGCAGAGAGAAGUGUAAUCUCAGGAGAAAACCCAGGUUAUUUGCCAAGCAUUUUGGAUGUUAAAUUGCUUGAUGAGGUUGUCAAGGUUACCAAUGUGGAAGCUAUUGAAAUGGCAAGGAAACUAGCAUUGGAGGAAGGCUUGCUGGUUGGUAUAUCAUCAGGAGCUGCUGCAGCAGCUGCAAUAAAUUUAGCAAGAAGGCCUGAGAAUGCUGGAAAACUUAUUGCAGUUAUCUUUCCAAGCUUUGGUGAGAGGUAUAUUCCCACUGUUCUUUUUCAUUCUAUCCAUGAAGAGGUCCAAAAAAUGCAACAAAGAUAGCUUGAAACGAAACUGUUCCAAAAAUUGAGUCUUCCGGAUAAUUGAGUCAUUCUCAUGCAAUUGAGCAAGCAAGUCACCACCCUAUCUUCUUAAUAGGUGCAAUUUUCAUUGAAGGCACAAGUAGGAGGUUAGAGUUGAUAGCAUUUCAAGGAGUAGCUAGACCAAAAAGGCAGUAGCUGGAAUUAUACCUUCUUCUUUUUUUUCAAACUGGCCUUUUCUUAUAUAUUAUUUUUUGUUUUUCAUUUUUCUUUUUAAGAACAGUACUAGCAGAUUGUUGAUGCACUUGUAUAACAAGUAACUAUCCCACACUGCAUUGCCAUUAUGCGUGUGUAGAUGAGUCAGAGCUGAAGUGUCACCUUCAAAA